GACGAGAAAACACCUGUGGUACAGUAUAAACCGUCGCCGGAUUUACGAACUGUUGCUAGGGCACUUUCUGCAAAAAUGUCCCAAAAAACGCUACCGUUGCUGUUCAUAAACUUAGGAGGUGAAAUGGUGUAUAUCCUCGAUCAAAGGCUAAGGGCGCAAAACAUCCCCGACGAAAAAGCAAAGAAAGUUCUGCACGACAUAGUGUCCACGAUGUUCCACAAGAGGUUUGUGGAGGAGUUGUUCAAGCCACAGCCCCUGUACUCAAAGAAGGCCCUCCGUACUGUGUUUGACAGGCUUGCACACGCCUCCAUCAUGAGGCUAAAUGCUGCGAGUAUGGACAAGCUAUAUGACCUGAUGACGAUGGCGUUCAAGUACCAGGUGUCUCUGUCUCUGACUCCCAAGGACAUCCUGCUGAUCACGCUGAACCACAUGGACGCCAUACGCAAGUUUGUGGAGGGCCAGGACACUAUUCUACAGCAGGUGGACCAUGUGUACAGGCUGCUCCUUGAGACAUUUGGUCAAAUGACGUGCGGUGGAUUUCACCUUGUUCGUCAGACUUUGCUGAACUUCUUUCAGGACAUGCAUAUUAGGGUGUCCAUCUUCCUGAAGGACAAGGUGCAGACCAGCAAUGGGAGGUUUGUGCUGUCCACAAGCGGCUCUGUGCCCUGGGGCACACAGGUCCCUGGCACCAUCAAAACAUUUGAUGACCAUGGGAAGGAGUUACGUACGUCUGGUUUCCCAGCUGGGGGCAACUACCACCAGCAGAGCAAGGCUGGUUCCAUCGAUAUGCAGGGAGACAGGGUCACUAAGCUGGGAACCAACAUGUAUUCUGUAGCCAGACCUGUAGAAACCCAGGCAUUGAAGUCCAAAACUACUACUAUAUCUGACAUUGAGAACCAGGUGCCUGACCCCCUGGCCAAGGCUCAGCUAGACCUGCUGUCCCAGCUGAUAGGAGGAUCCACGACCACAGAGAAGACUGCCUUCCGACUCAACCUCUUCAACUCUGACAAAGAAGAGGAACAAGCUGCUGUUCUAUACAAACCAAUGGAGACCAAGGAAUCAGAAGUUGUGAAGAUAGAUGCAUCAAAAAAGUCCAAGAAUGAAGAGUUGGCUCGUAUCAUGGGGGAGCUAAAGGUGGAAGAUACAGGGGCCCAAGAUGAAGAUGAUCUACUAGACCUCAUGGACAGUGCCUCAUAAUACACCAUGCUAGCUACUGUGUAGAAGUCCAGGGUCCAGUGUUCAAAACCCUCCUAAUGGAAAUCUUAGCUUCAUUUGUAUGUUUGUUGUUAAUUUUGGAAUGUAAAAUAGGAUGCUAAGUCCAUUAAUUUAGAAAAAAUAAGUUAAUAUACAAGAUAUUUGAGAAAUUUUAUUACUUUUUCUCAUUUCAUGGAAAGACGUUUAAAUAAAUGUGAAAAUAUGUAUAAAUUGAAGAAAAGUUUCCCCUCAGGACCCUGGUGAAUAUAGGCCCAAUCAGACGGCUCAUGAUGUGGAUCCCACUGGACGCUAACAGUUUAGUGUUGUGAUCAAAGUUACAUUUGACACAUUUAUGAUGAAUUAAGAAAGCAUGGUUCUCACGCACUGUUGUUUGUGAUUCACUUCUAGUCUGUGUGCUUGUUCCUUUGAAAAAGUUACAUAAUCAGUAUCUAUGAAAUUGUUUAUUAUGUCUUUCAUGUUUCGUUUGCUUACAGUUCUUGUAGUUUAUAUUGCAUUUUUAUAACAACAUGUGAAAUAAACAUGAAGUAAAUUGAUGUAUUUUAGAAAUGGAACUUACAGUAUUGACUGUUUUAAUUUGUUCAAAUUUUUGAAAUAAAAUAAAAGCUUUCUAGAAGAAUAAGAUAAUUAAAGAAUAUGCAGUAGCAAAUUUACUAAAGGCCCUUUAAGUCACGAAAUAUAAUACUUAUGUAAGGUAUUUUAAAAUAAAGAUGUUGUAAAGAAAUGUUUAUAAACCAAGUUUAAAAGCUCUAUUUAAUGUUUUACGUUGAAAAUCAGAUUAAUUUGUGUUCCAUCAAUUUUACAUCUAUAUGGAAUUAAAAAAAAAAAAAGAUUUUUGUGGAAGGAUAACUUUUAUCAUUCAUCAAAUUGUAUUUUAUGGAUGAUAUUACAUUCUUUAAUUGAGAUUUCGUAUUUACAUGUAUAAAGUGCUUUUGUUGUUAGUAUUUUUGAUCAGAGUGUUUAAGUAUUGCUAUUGGUUAUAUUCAAAUCAAACAAUUAAGUUAAAGGCUUAUUUUCUUUGUUUUGUAUUAUGUUAUAAUUUGGAAGCUCUUUAUGCCCCCCGGUUCGGAGCAGGGACCUAUACAUAUCCCAGUUCGGAGGCAUAUAGCAGUCAGACUGUCUGUCUGUCAGUCUGUGUGGCUUUCCAUUUCCGGAGUUUUUUCCUGAACUAUUUCUGAUAUUAAGCUCAUUUUUGGUGGGUGAGUCUACCUGCGUCGACUUACAGAUCAAGUUGGAGUUUCCUUCUGGUCCAUUUGUGUCUUGUUCUGAUAAAGCUGGGCAUAAUGCAUGUGCGUAAAGUGUCGUCCCAGAUUAGCCUGUGCAGUCCGCACAGGCUAAUCAGGGACGACACUUUCCGCCUUAACUUGAUUUUUUCGGUAAGGAGGGACUUCCUUGAAACUAAAAAUACCAUUAAAGCGGAAAGUGUCGUCCCUGAUUAGCCUGUGCAGACUGCACAGGCUAAUCUGGGACGACACUUUACGCACAUGAAUUAAGCCCAGUUUUAUCAGAACAAGACUCAUUUGAUGUUUGGCAAAGUAACUGGCCUUGGACAUAGAAAUUAUUUCUAGAACAACAGUUUUGCAGACUUGUUUUCCUAAACCCUUUCAGAUAUUUACCUGAUUUUUGGUGUGUGAGUCUACCUGCAUCACUCGUUCCGGUCCAUUGAAUUUUGUGAAAGGUACUUGCUUUGGACUUUUUCUCUUGAAUAACAGUUUUCUGGACUUUUUUGGCGUACAAUGAAGCUGUUUAAGCCAGCUUUUCACCUUAGCUGACCUUUGUUAGCGACAAAUCCAUUUGAAUAUAAAAAUGCCAGUCAUUAGGCCGGAAACUUUUUGAAGUGUGUUGCCGGCUGACAUAAUAUAUACUUUCUUUUUUUUUUAUUCUUUUUUUUUUCUAAUCAGAAAAUGUAGACAUCUGAUCAUAAUAAUAUCUGAUAAAGCAAAAUAAUCACGAAAUCUGGCACAACACUCCGUAAAAGAUUUGCGUGGGAUGCGGCUAAGAAGUUAAGAACUGAGCAGAAAAAGGCAUUCGCCUGAUCUCAUUGAUAAAACUUUUGAUCGUUCAUCAACACCAACCACAAUCGACGCUGUAUAUCUUAGUUAAAGAUAUUUCCUGUCAUAAUUGAUUGCAGAUAUUGACCUUUUUUUUUGGUGUGUGAGUCCACCUACACGACUUACAUAUCGAGUUCAACUUUAGUCCAUUAAUUUUUUGUACUAAGUCACAGGCUUUAGACUUAGGAGUUUUGUUAUUAUAACGCUUUUAAUAGGGAUAUAGCUGCUGUGCUGCUUCCAACUGCAGUAGGAGGCAUUGUGUUUCAUAAACACAGCUCUUGUUGUUAGUAAUGACUCUCCCUUAUGUUCUUCUGUUUUGACAUCAAAUAUUGUUUGUGUUCAUGUAUAUUAGACUGUUAUGAUUUUCAAAUUGAUUCCUUUUCAAAAUUUUCAUAUUGAUAGAUAUUCAAGGUUGAAUAUAAGAACUGUAUAAUGCUUUCAAUAUUUAUGUGUUUUUUUUAAUGUAUCUCUGUUUAAAUAAUGUAAAAAAAAAAUGCAUUCUUGUGAUGUCUAGUGGCAAUGUUGUAAGUACAUCAUUAGUUUGGAAUUCAUGUUAACCUAUGCCCAACAUUUCACAGAGUUGUCAUGUAAAUGUUUCUCUUGUACUCCUAGAACUGCCCUAUAUUUGUAUAAGAUGUCCAGAUGGUAAGCAUCUGACUGUGAUGUUAUAGUUGCUAGAAGCAUGUUUGAAAUCAAUCCCAGAGCUUAUUUAUUUUGUGAUUUUUAUAUAAAUUAAAGUUUGCUUAAAGCAA